AUGACACUGCAGCCGUUUAGAGACGAACAGUUGAAUUUCUUCAAGUUCUUGUCUUUAGUUUUAAAUGAAUUUCCAAAAGCCUUACGACAGACUUUUAAAACCAUGUGGGACAACGCCUAUGGAAGUCGCCCUGGUUUCCACCUCUGGGAUGAUUCAUCUGCUGUGAGAAAUUUGUUUGCCACUACAGAGGGUGGUAAGACUAAAGUUCCUAUUCACCGGUCUUUCAAUGAAUGGGAUUGCACCACCUUGUUCCAGGCUACCAUAUUUGCGCGGUCUUUUGCCUCACCAGCCAGCACAGGAUCCUAUACCACGCUCAAUGAUUUGUACGUGAAACCCCGUGGAAUUCCUCAUGGUAGUUUCCACGCUUGUGUGCUCAGUCCGGCUGGAAACAUUAAGGAGACCUUUGCACUUGCCAUUGAUCAGCUUCGUCUUCUUAGGAAUUCACUUUGUCACUCAACAAGUUCUGAGAUGGACAAACUCACCUUUGACCAGUGCGUGAAUUACGCCAAAGAUGCGUUUCAAGCCCUUGGUGUCUCAACAGCCCCAAUCGACGCCGUUGGUAGUUUGACAGAGUCGGACUUUCCCACAAAUGAAGUUCGUGCUUUGGAAAUGCGACUACGAGACGAGACUCGAGCGUACAUCAAUUUUCUCGAGGAAGUGGACUCAGAUAUUACUGAGGUAAAAGCGAUAUCACGGGCCUUAAAAGCAGGACAAGAACAGCAGUACCCGAUUCUCUCAAGUCUGAGUUCAGAUGUCAGUGAUGUGAAGCAGAAAGUUGAAGAGGAUGUUGCGAACAAAGAAGACAUAACUAGGUUGGAGAAGAAGAUGGAUGAGUUGAAAGAAGGACAACGCGAACGUGAUGCUCAAAGUAAAAAUUCAGGUAUGAGUAAAGAAAGAACAUUGAACACCUAACCGAGAUACAUGUAGAUUGUACGACGGCGGUGGUCCUUUGAAGUCAUUGAAGCAUUAAGUUAGUUAAAGCCACACUUUCUUAAAUAAUUAUUAAUGGGUUCUAGAAUUUUAUCAGAAACAAGGAAACUUGAAUAUCAAGUGUUUCCUCGCGAGUUCGUUCGCUCAAGUUCCAACGUUCACCACAAACUCGCUUGAACACGGUUGUCGCAGGCUUUCACCUGUAUGGCAGGCUCGCGCCCCUGAUUUUCUUCUUUUAACAUCAUUUAAGGAUUUUUUUAAAAGACUUAAAAACUUUUUAAAAAAAAUUCGACGGCUUGUCAUGAAUGUAACAGGCGAAAAAAGGAAUUUAAUUAAAACAGAACUUUUUCGAGGGGCAGUGGUUCCUGGAUCUUCAUUUUUAUACUUGAAUUGCAAUUUUAAUCUCUUUAAAAGACAGUUAUUCCUGACUUCCACAACAGAUGAAGCCACUUAUUUAUUUACCUUAGCAUGCGUUUUCCGCUUACCUUUUAUGUCAUUUUUUCCCUUAAAGGAACGAAGUCUUUUUUCUCAAAUGCCGCUCUACCUUCCGUGGUUCCAAAUUUUACAGGUCGUCAGAGAGAGUGCGAGGAUAUUAUCAGGCACGUGACAUCGAAGUCCACCCGACUGGUGUCAAUCUGCGGUUCACCUGGAUUCGGAAAAACUUCUGUCGCGAUUGCAGUGGGACACACUGUUCAGUCUCGAGGAAUUCCUGUUUAUUGGAUCUCAUUAAGAGGACUCCAUUCCAAAGCAGAUCUGACUUCAAAGUUUCUUAGUUUUCUGAGGCAACCCACCACACAAACCAAACUGCCCGAUCAGCGUUUAUCCAUUGAUGACGAGAUUUGCCUACUAUUCAGUGAAAUUUCAAAGCCAUCUGUAGUUAUUCUUGACAAUGCAGAUGAUUUGCUGGAAACUGGUUGCCCGAAAUUAAAGGAAGAGGUCAUACAACUUUUUGGAGAAAUUCUUAGGCGAAAUCAAAAAGUUACAUUUGUUGUAACCGCAAGAGAGUCUCUUGACUAUAUGGACCUUAAUUUUCAAGGCCAUUGGGAUUUAAGAAUAAAACCACUGGAUGACGCCUCUGCUCAAACUCUGGUUUCUGAAUUACUUCCGAAUGCAAGCGUUGCAGACUCCACUAAAAUCGCACAUAUCUGUGGACAAGUCCCUUUAGCCAUGAGAUUAAUGUGUUCUUUAGUAUCUGAAGAAGAUAGUACACAACCGCGCCAUUUUCUAGAUGUUUUCAUGACGUCUUCGAAAGGAAGGCUUCUUGAAAUGUUGGACAAUCCAGAUUACCCAGCUUAUCACCGAUUACAGUUCUUGUUUGACUCCUCCCUCCAGAGACUAACUCUGCAUGAACAAGAAGCACUUGUAUCUUUGAGCAUUCUUCCCGACAACUUUAGCAAAGAAGUGGCUGCAGCUGUUUUAGGUAAGACGGGGACUAUUGAGGCAAUGAAGAUAUUACGAAGCCUUCGGAGAAAGUCACUGAUUGAUUCAAGCUCUAAACCGGGGUUAUUCACGAUGCACAAGCUUUUACAAUCAUUUGCGAGAGAGAAAGGAGAACAAGAGAUGACAGAGACGAUUCUUGAAUCACGGGGUCGUCUGAAAGCGUUCUACAUUUCAAUUUUUGAGAAGCUUAAUGAGCAAUUUCUUUCCGGACAUUCAAUGGCAGCAUACAUUGCGUUCUACGAAGAUAAGGAAAAGAUUAUUGAAAGUCUUGUAGAGGGCUGUUCAGAUUCCAAAACAGCUGACCAUGUUUUCAACAUUUUGGUAAGAGGGGAGUUGUUUCUUCACUCUCUUUUUUGGAGUCCAUAUGAGGAAAAAAUCUUUGAUCGCAUUUACGAUGCAGCCAUAAAAGCAGCCAGUGAGCAUAAAAAGGAUAAAUAUAUCACUCAACUUCUUACCUCCCGAGCUUUGAAAGAGAUACAGUAUGGAACAGAGGGAAAGACGAAACAGUUUCUUUCUAAAGUGAAUGAAAUUCAUGCCACGUCCCCCCUUGUUCCUCACCACGAAAAAGGAAAGUACUUGUGCUAUUUGGGAAUCCAUUGCUUUUUUGAAAAAGAAACAAAGAUCGGAGUGGAGUCCCUGACGGCGGCUCUGUCAUUUCUUCGCAAUUGCAACAAUCCAGAGCAAACAAUUCUUAAGCUUGUUAUUUUUCAGAUACUUGCCGUUUAUUAUCGGUCCCUUAAUGACUUCUCUACUGCAAGUAAGUUUUAUGACAAGGCACUGCACGAAUGCAGUGAAGUUGAAGACAGGGAUCUACUUGUUAUCUCAUCGGUGACAAGGGAAACAAAGAAAACUACCAAUGAAAUACAUAUUCAAAGCGACUCGGAAAUUUUGCUAAAUCAACCGCUAAAAUGUGAAAUUGCCCUUCUAUUAACCGAAGCAACGAUCUCCUUCUCUGGUUCUGACACCGAGCAAUAUACAAGCAGCUUGGUUCUCCAAGUACUACAGAGUGUCGAAAGAGAAGUUAAAGUUUCAGUUGGUCUGCUUAGUUUCCAAAGAAAUAUGACACUUUUUUUGUGGGCAUUAAGUUGUGAAGACCCCAUAUAA